AUGGGGGACCUUGAUCAACUACUCCUCCAAGCUCAUCAGAAACUUCGAUUUCCGAAGCAUAGCCAACCUCCACGGCGGGGUGAGUAUGACUCGCUCUCAGUUGGGUAUAGCCAUGGCCAGGGUCAGCUUCACCCUAUGAACUUUGCAGUCUCAAAACACAAUCGUCCAAUAUUACAGGGUUUGCUCGAGUCACCAGAAAUUAUCCGUGUGGCACGGUUCAUGGACCGUAACCUUGAGCUGUAUUUCCCAAAAGUACAUCGCCUACUUACAAACCUGACGGAGAUACUAUUGGGUAUAGAGGGACUUUGCCUGAAUCGUGUUUUCAAGGACUGUUGCUAUGCUGCAUCUCAAUUAAAUUUCUCCCGAGCAGCAACAGAUCCUCAUCUCGACUUCAUGAACGCAUUCUUUUUAUGCUGCGGUGUAUGGAAUGGUGGCCGAUUUGACUAUAAGCGCGGUGGUCAGUUCAUUAUGUGGAGUCUUGGUAUUGUUGUCGAGUUUCCGCCGGGUGCUGGGAUAUUGGUACCCUCUGCUUCAGUAACCCAUGCCAACGUCCCAAUUGGGCCAGAGGAACACAGACAUUCGGUGACAUUCUUCACCGCUGCAGGUAUUCUUCGUUGGUACUGUAAUGGAUUCAUGAACGACAAUGAAUUUUUAGCCCAGGCUUCCAAGGUGCAGAGGGAGAACUGGGAAAAGUAUCGGGCAGAUCUAUGGAGGUUUGGACUUGAUAUAUUGCGAGAUGAUUAG